GUAACCUCCCCUGUUAUUUACAGUACAACUGGCCGAUUUAUGGAAGUCACAAGUAAAUAUGGUUAUGAAGGAUUGGUAGCAGUUACCACAUGGGGCUUUAGUAGACUCCACAAACCAAAGAAACGCAACACAGCAGUGCACCUUAGGCGACUGGGUGUGUGACAUACCAGAAGAAGCCAUUAUGAACAUACAUUGUUUUGUUGGAGUAAGUGUGCUGCUGUUUCGACAUCUGGUCUCAGCACAUGACGGUUCACAUUGCAACAGUAAUGGUACGACCUUUAUGUGCAGCUAUGGAUGUUGCGGGGACUCCAGCCAUCAAUACUGCUGUAGCAGCGGAAACAAUGCCGAAACGACUGCGACGGUUGCACUAAUUAUCGGGAUCGUCUGCAGUGCUGUGUUGACGGUCGUCGUGAUUGUUGGAUUAGUCAUGUGUUGUGUACGCUGCUGCUGCCGAGCAUCUAAAGGUCACCAAGGUCAACUUGUUACCACCGGUCAUCUGCUUGCUGUAUUACCUACAAAUGGUCCAAACACUACCCCCGGGGCAUACGCUGCCGGAUACGUCUACGCGCCUCAGCCUGCUCCAGGUACACACUACACUCAACCUGCAGGGACGGCACAACCUCCACCAUCUUACCCUCCUGGACCAGUUCCAGCAUACCCUACAGAAACAGGACAAGCCAAAGCUACGCCAGAGGGAGCCAGGACUUAACCAACACCCCCAGAGGCGGGGUAGACUGUGUGCAAGCAGCAUUAGAACCUUAAACAAGCCUUGUAACGGUCCUAUACAUAUAUACUCAGCAGCAAAA